CCAGGCUAAGUGUGACACGCUGACGUUCUGUUCUUAAAUUCUCUGAGACUGACUGAGUCUGAGUCAGCGAUGACACACAGACACUGCACUCACUUGCUUUUCAGACCCUGUGUCUUCACCAUGGAAUCUUGCCACUGUAUUACAACCACUUGUGUCCUGCUUCUACUAACUCUACAUUUAUCAUUUUGCAAAGCUGCCACACCAUGUCAUGAACAGCGCUUUCCAGGAGGGGAUACUUUUGUAUGUGUUUGUAACUCCACCUACUGCGACACGGUAGACAACUAUGAGCCACUCCAGUCUGGCUUCUAUACGGUCUAUACCUCUAGUAAUACAACAGGAGAUCGUCUGGCAAAGAGGACGUAUCCAAUCUCAAAGUCAUCCAACUCUUCAGGUUCAGCCAUUACGAUCAAGAUUGAUAAAUCCACCUUAUACCAGUCAGUGAUCGGGUUUGGAGGAGCUACUACUGAUGCUGCAGCAAUCAAUGCAUUCAACCUCUCUCAAAGUAGCAGACAGAACCUCAUCAAGUCAUACUUCUCCCAAAUGGGUAUUGAGUAUACUGUAAGCCGUGUUCCCAUUGGCUGUACAGAUUUAUCUACUCAUUACUACACUUAUGAUGAUCACCCAGGAGACUUUAAUCUUCUCAACUUUUCACUAGCUAAGGAGGAUCUCAGUUACAAGAUCCCUUUCCUUCAAGAAGCGAUGAAUGUAUCUGGUCGUGAUAUCAAGUUCUAUGGGAGCCCCUGGUCCCCUCCUGUGUGGAUGAAAACCAAUAACGAUUACCAUGGAGCAGGUCAGAUCAUUGGCAAUCCCGGGGAAAAAUACUUCAAAACUUGGGCAAACUAUUUUGUCAGGUUUCUGCAGGAAUACGGUAAGCACAAUGUGACUUUCUGGGGUGUGACGGUGGAGAAUGAACCGAUGGCAGGAGGAAUCAAGGAUUACCAUAUUCCAUCCUGUUUUUUUACCCCUGAGAUGGAAAGGGAUUUCAUCAAGCUCGACCUUGGACCUACUUUACACGCCAAUGGCUUCGAAGACCUCAAGAUAAUGAUGCUUGAUGAUCAGAGAUUUGAAUUACCUGGAUGGCCUGAAGUUGUACUGUCUGAUGAUGAUGCCAAGGCCUAUGUCUCGGGUAUAGGUAUCCAUUGGUAUUGGGAUAAGGACAUUCCUCCUCUCAAGCUAGACCUGACACACAUGUACUACCCAGAUUACUUCAUGCUCUACACAGAGUCCUGCUAUGGAGGGCAUCCCAUCUUAGGCACCUGGGCACAAGGUCAGGGCUACAGUCAGAGUAUCAUUGAGAACAUGAACCAUUGGGUGUCAGGGUGGGUUGAUUGGAACAUGGCUCUUAAUCUUCAAGGUGGACCAACCUUCAUUGGAAAUUUCCUCAAUGCUCCUAUCAUUGUGGAUGCAGAGAAAGAUGUCUUCUACAAACAACCCACAUUCUAUCACCUUGGACACUUCAGCAAAUUUAUUGUUCCUGACUCUCAUCGUAUACACCACACGGUGGAUUCAGACACAGAGGUAUUAAGCAUUGCAUUCCAGCUACCAGAUAAGCACACCUAUGCAGUAAUCCUUCUAAACCAGGAAGAUCAAGGUGUGGAUGUGACGAUAUCUGACCCUGAUGUUGGGUACAUCAAUGCUAGGAUACCAGGACAAUCUAUCCAGACCUACCUCUGGAGUGACAACUAAAAUCAUUGCAGGAUCCAACCUUGCACCAGGGUUUGCAUCAAACCCAGGGCCAUAAAAGAAAUUGUCUUCGCUGUCCAUACGCUCAGUUAUCUGGCUGCCCUCCAAAUUCUCUCUUUACUGACUGUGAUUCUAAGGUGAUUUCUCGAAAUUCCUAGCCCUCCCAAGUGAUUUUAUGCUGCGAGGGUUUCCUAUUACAGACAACUACUUUAUCAGUCAUAAUGUCCCAAUGUUAGGACAAAAUUAUUUGUAAAUUAUUGUAGGGUCAUAUUUGUCUGUUUGUCCUGUGCAUUAUGUAACCCAAGACUGCAAGAUAACGUUCCAAGGCGGUGACAUCAACCAUGAAAUGAUGGGGAUCACCUUUAAAUCUAAAUCAGAAUGUGAAAAGUAGUAAGGAAAACAAACAUGGUGUUAGAAUGCUCAGAAAAGGAUUCAAGCACAUGAGAUCA